CUAGGUUCCCAGGCACUAAAGCCCGUCCACCACCCUUGAACUUUCCCUCACGAACUGAAUCACCGUCGUUGUUGAGCGUCAUAUUUAUUCUGACUUGCUGUCUCCAGUACCUCCGACACAACAAUUCCAGACAGCUCCAACAUGGCUGACCAAGACUCCACUAUGUCGGACGCCGACAAGAUUCGAGCAAAGCGCCUUGCAAAGCUCAGUGGCCCAUCGGGCUCAAACGGAAGCCCCCGUCGUUCGCCAGCUCCCACAGCUUCACCCUCCAGUAGCUCGACACCGAAGCCCGACGAGAACCAGUCGCCGCCAACCGCUGUAGAACCACCGUACCAGGCCCGAGACGCAUCGGAACCGAACCCCUUCGCCCAAAUAGGCAUGGCAGCCGAGGGCAAGCCUGCCUCUCGAAUAAACAUCAAGUCCAAGCCCCCUCCGCAGAACGUCACUGAGGGCCGGGCUGCGUUGACAGCUCAGGAUAGCAGCAUUGAAGCCUGGGGAGAUAGGACCAUCAGCAGCAUCUUUCGGGUUACCCUGGAUCCGAACUAUACCCAGGAUGCACAUGGACACCGGUUAUACUUCGCGGAGGGCGUCAAGGCCGACCUGGAGGAUGACGGCAGGCCCCUCAGGUUGACGACAGACACAUUGGAUCAGGCGAUUCUAGAGGCGGCAUCAAGCAAGUCUGAAGGUAAACCCCUCGACUAUCUUCUAGGAUGCUGGAAGAGGGUAUCGAGAAUGCUUCGGGGAAUGCACAACAAGAAAGACCCGAAGUAUGCCGUGGUUAAGGAAGCCCGACGGCUUUGCUUCAGCUACUGCAUCUUUACUGUAACAAUACCUGACAUGUUUGGCGAGGAUCCCCCCGCAUUGAACCCACUGGCUGAACAUCUCCUGGUCGACUCCGAACACGAUCGCGGGCUCUGUCACGAUUUCCUCAGCGAAGCCGUUGCUCGAUUCGAUGAUGAUGAAAGUGUCAAGGAUGUCCUUGUUGGUGCAAUGGAGCAACUUUGUCGGCAACUGGCUAAGAUGUCCAUGAAUGACGACUACAAACCCUACCUCCUGGCGAUGCGGAACUUUGUACGCUACCAGCCCCUGCUCAUUGCGCUCAGUCAGUCUGCAAAAUUCCUUCCACCAGACGUUGCGCCCCAACAUCUCGAGAACAGGACCCUCCUGGGACCGUUCUUUCGACUCUCCCCUAUGCAAGGCGAAGUUGCGCUGAACUACUUCUCGAGUCCAACUACUCGGGACAAGGGAUAUAUUGCAAAUUCGCAGAAAGCCCUUCGCAUGACUCUUCAGACGCACCAAGAUGAGCUCUUUGAUAUUGCAAACUGCUUUAUCAAAGUCAAAGAUUCUAGAGAGAAGAUAUUGAAUUGGUUUGCGGAGACCGUGAAUGCGAACCACAAGCGGAGGGCCUUACAAGUGGACGCGAAAGAGGUCUCGUCCGAUGGGUUCAUGGUAAACGUCACGGUCGUUCUUGACCGGUUGUGCGAGCCUUUCAUGGAUGCCACUUUCUCCAAGAUUGACCGGAUUGACAUUGAUUACCUUCGUCGCUCCCCACGCGUUGAGAUCGAGGAUGAAACCAAGAUUAAUGCCGACCAGCAUGCCUCAGAUGAAUUUUACAGCGUGAAAACGGGAGGAACGACUAAUUUCAUCACUGAAGUAUUCUUCUUGACAGUAGCCGCUCAUCAUUAUGGAACGGAAGCGGCGAACACCAAGCUAUCACAACUACAGAAAGAUGUGAAGUGGCUAGAAAAGCAGCUCGCAAAAAUGGAAGUCGAGCGGCACAAGUUCGCGCAGAAUCCAAUGCAGCUGGCGCUGUUCGACAACCAUGUGAAGAAGAUCAAAGAUCAGAUCGAGAAAGGCCACUGCACGAUCUUGGCAACUCAAGGGGUGCUGUUAGAUGAAGUCUCCCAAGCGAGGUCAAUGCAGUUGAUGCGUUAUGUCAUAGUAUGGCUGCUGAGGCUGGUCUCUCCAAAUCUUGACUUUCCUCGGACUCCCCUUCAGCUGCCUUUGCCGGCCGAACAACCGCAGGCAUUUAAGUGCUUGCCCGAGUACUUCCUAGAGGACAUUGUCGACAACUUCAAGUUCAUCACCAGAUAUAUGCCACAGAUCAUCACCUCUACGCAGUGCGAAGAGCUGAUGAUGGUCUGUAUCACCUUUCUACGAAGCUCCGAGUACAUUAAGAACCCGUAUUUAAAAUCGGGUCUUGUCACAAUUCUCUACCAUGGUGUGUGGGCUGUAUAUGGUCGUUCAAGAGGCGUCCUAGGGGAUGUUCUAUUUGCUCACGAUUUUGCGACGAAGCACUUACUCCAUGCCCUUAUGAAGUUUUACAUCGAAUGUGAGAGCACCGGCGCACACACUCAAUUUUAUGACAAGUUCAACAUCCGUUAUGAGAUCUUCCAAGUAAUCCGCUGUAUCUGGCCGAAUCCUGUCUAUCGGGAGAAUCUUGGUACCGAGGCUCGUGUUAAUCUAGACUUCUUCGUUCACUUCGUCAAUCUUCUCCUGAAUGACGUCACAUUUGUUCUAGACGAGUCGUUCACGGCUUUCACGCAGAUUCAUGAGAUUUCGAAGCUACUCAAGAACUCACCAGAUGACAUGGAUACAAACACUCGACAAGAGAACGAGGAGAAACUGGCAGCUGCUGAGUCAAAAGCAAAGAGCUACAUGCAGCUAACCAAUGAAACCGUAUCCAUGUUAAAACUCUUCACAGAAGCACUCGGGGACUCAUUUACCAUGCCCGAAAUUGUUCAGAGAUUAGCCCAUAUGUUGGACUAUAACCUGGAUGCACUUGUUGGUCCUAAGAAAGCGAAUCUGAAGGUUGACAAAGCUGAGGAGUACGGGUGGAACCCGAGACAGAUGCUCUCGGAGAUAUCCGACGUCUAUUUGAAUCUGAAGGAUAAGAAGCGGUUCAUUGACUCCGUCGCAACAGACGGCCGAUCAUACAAGCCUGAGAAUUUCACGACUGCGAUGAACAUCUUGCAGCGUUAUACUCUCAAGUCUCCCGAGCAGCUUCAGGAUUGGGAACAACUUGCCCAGCGGAUUAAAGCUGCGAAAGAUGAGGCUGAUGAUGAGGAGGCGGAUCUCGGAGAGAUUCCUGACGAAUUCAGUGAUCCUAUUAUGGCGUCGCUCAUGGAAGACCCUGUCAUCUUGCCAUCGAGCAAGCAAACGGUCGAUCGCAGCACCAUUCGGAGCCAUCUUUUGAGCGAUCCUAAUGACCCAUUUAAUCGUGUGCCUCUUACCAUCGACCAAGUAGUUCCUAACACGGAGCUGAAAGAGAAGAUUCGGGCCUGGAAGACUGAGAAGAAGGCCCUGCGAUUGGCCUCGAGGAAUACUGCUGGCGGUAGUGGAGAUCCAAUGGAUACGUCGUAGGCAAUCGAUGAUGGCAUGGGACCGGAACUAUUGUUAUGGCUGUGCAUCCGAGGCGUUAUGGCGCAUGAUUCUCGAGGAUAGAGGGUCAGGAUGGCAGAAGUGAAGAUGACCUGGUUAGUGCGUACUUAUCAUUUGUGGAACAAGCGACGAACUAUAGCUAGGUCUUGAGAUAUACAUGAAGCCAUGAAGCCAUUACUCCACCAAGGUAGUGCCGGUUCAUAGGUCAACAUUAGGAUUACGGAAAUGGAACAAUACAUGA